AUGGCGGCGGCAAGCACACCAUACAAGCCAAAACGCUUACCUGAGAUGGAGAAUCACAGCGACAUUCAACAGCAUAUAGAUGCAGCUUUUGCCCGAUUCUGGCACAGGCUAGGAAAAAGGCUGCAAGCACCGAUGGCAAACCAGCAAUCCCAGCCACAUAAGAGCGGACUGAAGCCCACGGAGUGUGGAGAAAGGUACCACCACAAGGGCAGCCAGACCGCAAGACUGGAGCGGGGAACCGAGGGAAGAGGCACCCCACUCCGGGCACAGCGACUAUCCCCAAGUAAACCAC